UAAUUUAGUAUUUCUGUACAUAGAAAUGGAGAAUGAGUUUUAUAGCGAACUAGUUAAAGAAGAAUUAUCGACUACUACAACACCAGUAAACUCUGCACCUUGCGUCUGUCCUACGUCUUCAUCUUCGGCGCAAACUUCGUGCAGUGCAGGCAGCGCAAACACAAAUGCAUCAAAUGUGGUAACAAUACCAGUACCCAUAAUACCGACAGAAGGUAUUUAUUCUUAUGUAGCCAUUAAAGGAUCUUUGCAUGAUCGCUCUUGUACCGUGUUUGGCUUAAAUGAUAUCGAGGUGCAAGCAAUAUCAAAACGCUUUGAGAAUGCUGUUAAACCGGUAGUGAAUGGAGUUAUGAUAUCAAUCUCGCCUAUGGCUAUGAUAAAUACCUUGGCUCAGUUGAGUUAUAAGGUGAUAAGCAGUUGCGGCGAAGCAGAAAUUUGUUGGACACUACAACGUGAAAUAUAAAUAUUAAAACUUUUUUAUACUAAUUU